AUGCCAUCGCUGGCACAAUCUAUUCUGGUUGCUUCUCAACAAUAUACGAUCUAUGUGAGCUUUAUCAUUCUUUUCUCGGGCGUUGCUGGACAUCUUUGUAAUAUCUUUGUCCUAACGAAAUUAAAAAUCUUUCGGGGAAAUCCGGCAACGACCUAUCUCAUAGCUGAAUCGAUUGUGAAUCUUUUUCAAAUGCUGAUUCCAUUCACCACUCGUAUUGCUAUGAAUGGCUUCGCGAACGACUUGACACAAACAUCUUUACUUUGGUGUAAAUUGCGUUCAGUGUGUGCUCAAUCGUCAACCCUAAUCUCGCUGAGUAUCGUUUGUUUCGCUGCGAUUGAUCAAUACUUUUCCACCAGUUACCAUCCAUAUCUACGACGACUGAGUUCACCUAGAACCGCACAAGUUUCGAUCAUAAUUGUUAUUCUUCUCUGGAUUCUACAUGGUAUACCGGUGGCAAUAUUUUUUGAAAUUCGCUCAUCAUCUGGUUGCAAUUUGUACGAUCUUGGGAUGGUAAACUAUGUUGCCUACGUGUACUAUCUGUUUUUAACGGGAAUGAUACCGAUCACAAUUUCAACGCUAUUUGCUAUAUUAGCUUAUCGAAAUGUUCGUCGUAUUAUUCGUAGACAAAUACCGAUUCGUCGACGAAAACUUGAUCAACAACUAACAGCAAUGAUCAUGGUUCGCGUUGCUUUUCUCGUCGUGACGACUCUGCCAUAUGUUCUACAACGAAUUUAUUCAUAUGUUGUAUAUAUUAGCAAAGAAGAUGCUGUUUAUCGGGCUGUUAUUCAGCUGGUCGGAGCAAUCACAAUUUCACUUUUCUAUAUGGACUAUUCGGGUUCUUUCUAUUUGUUUCUUAUCUCAUCGGCACGAUAUCGACGACAAGUAAGAAAUGUUUUCGUUCGAGGAUGCCGAGUGUAUCGAGCACGACGGAAUCAAAUCGUACCAAGAACACAAGUAUCCAGUGAUGCGUAUGAUUUGCAAUCCAUUUCAUAG